GCGUUGGUUGGAAUGGUGAACCCGGACGACCUCAUCCAGCCCGCGUCCAAGCGGGAGAACACCCUCGAGGAAUACGAUGCCAGCUGCACCGUCCUGCAGGAGGAGGCCCGGGACGGCCGCAACCGGAGGCUCUUCCGGAAGGACACCUACAACGAGCGGGCCGCCGAGGAGGUCUACCUGCCGAUCCUGAUCGUCCCGGGGGUCGCCUCGAGCGGCCUGUACGUCAAGGAGUCGUGCCUGGACAAGAAAUUCGAGGGGGAGCGCCUCUGGAUGAACGCGGCCUUUCUGGCAAAGGCACGGCUGAACAACAAGGUCAUCAACAAGGACGCGGUGGAGCGAUCGAGGGGGGGGUCCUCGAAGAGCCCGCAGCGAAAUCCCAAGCCAAGGGCCGAGGCCGAGACCGAGACAAAGACGAAUUCCCCGAGGCCGAGGGACAGUGUCUUCAACCCCUUCUCCAGCGAGGGCAAGACCGAGGCCAAGAACAAGCUCAGGGCGAUGAACCCCUUUGCGGGAAACGGGACACUCGACGCGGUCACCGAGAAAAUCGACGUGGUGUCCGGGGCCCUCUUUGAGAUCAAGGACAUGGUCAAGGAAGCCGUGCAGGACGAGGGCGACGGGGCAGGCAACGAUCAAAACGGCGAGUUCCAAACCAACGGGGACGACGAGGAACACAAGAGUGCCUUUCGAAAGGCCGAGGAAGAAAUCGCGAUCAAAAACACCUGGAUCCAGCACAUUGCCCUGGCCAAGAACAUGGUCGACGAGAAACCCGGGUACGAAGUGAGGGCCUACGACGGGGUGAGUGAGUGAGGCGGCGCGGGUUUGCGGGUCCCCGUUCCGUGUUGCGUUGUGUUGUGUUGUGUUGUGUGGUGUUGUGUUGUGUUGUGUGUACGGCGUGAUGGAUCGAGAAGGACGGACGCUCACCCAUUGGAAUUCGUCGGUCGGUUUGUUUUGCUUUGUUUUGUUUUUGGCCGGUUGAACUGUUGUGUUUGUUGUUGUUCUGCAACAGCUCGCCGGGGUCGAAUACCUCGUGGACAGCGCGAUCGAGAAAACAGCUGGCUUUGUCAUGGGGCCGCUCGUCGAAUACUGCACUACGGUCAUGGGCUACGAACGACACGUUAGCAUCGAUGCGAUGCCCUAUGAGUAAGUKCGACAACUUUUUUGUGUGUGUGGCCCGGCUGGGAUUGCAGCGGCGGCCCGGUAGCUGCGGGUGCCGUGCCAUCCGGAAGGACGAAUCGAACGACACCAUUUCCAGGGGUCUCACUCACGGUGGUUUUUGCGUGCCGGUCUGCAACCCUGUCUUUUUUCACUGGCGUUGCGCGUUGCCUUUCGAUAGCUGGCGGCUGGCCCCCUCCAUCAACGAAAAGCGCGACGGCUACCUGACCAAGAUGAUCGAACGCAUCGAAAAAAUGUACAGAGACAACGACGACCUCCCCGUCGUCCUCAUCUGCCACUCCAUGGGUGCCAAGAUGGGGCACUACUUUCUCAACUUUGUCCUCCACGCAAAGGGCAAGGAGGACGGCCGGGCCUGGCUGGACAAGCACAUCCACACCUUCAUGCCGGUGGGAGCCCCGCACGGAGGGGUCGGCUGCGCGGUCCGCUGCGGCCUCACCGGGGCCGGYCUCAACGAAACCGUCGACACGCUGGUGGGGAACGUCUCGGACGGGCUCAUCAUGUACAGAUCGUGGAGCUGCGGGAACUGGCUCAUGCCGAGGAUGCUCCCGGCCGGGGUCUUUCCGACGUGCAUCGUGCGGAGGGAGGGGGAGCUGGGACUGACCGUCGCCUCGGAGAUCGAGGUCACCUCGCUCUUUGCGAUGCGGGAAAAGAAACCCAAGGAGCUCCGGCUGACGGUGAUCUUUCGCGGGAGGAUCCGGGCCCACAGCGAUUACUACCCGGUGCUGGUGGACGACGACGAGCGCAUGGUCGUCGCCUUCCACGAGAGCUUUUACAUGGCCGUCCCGUACCUCGGAAGCGACGACGACGAAACCAGCAACUCGAUCGGGGAGCUCGUCUUUUACCUGGAGGAGCCGGCGGGCCGGGUCAACCAGAACAAGUCCGACCUCCACAAGAAGUUCUCCCAUGCGACGCGCUGGGCCCGGGGCAUAAAGAAAAAGGCCUCCAAGUUCGCCCUGAACUUUGCCAAGCGGUUUGGAACGGUAUUGCGGGUGGCGGCAUGCGAGAACCCACUGGUGCUCAGCGUCUCGGACUUUGAGGGGGUCGAAACGGACAGAGGCUCGGCUCUGGCAAAUUCCGGAUCGAGCUCGAACACGACGCUGCUGGCGGGGGACUUUCAGCUGGAAAGCACCAUUCCGAUGGUGGGCUGCAUCCGCCAGAAGGAAUCCUCCGACGUCAUCGAGUACAGCGAUUCCGAGGACGAAGAAGACCACGGAGGCCACCACCAGCACCACCACCACGAUCCCUCCGGACACUGCAAGGAGGCCAUCGGUUCGAUUUCCGUAAGGGUGAGCUACAGCCCCCCGCCGGUGCCGACCGGCUUGGAGCCCUCGGCGGCGCCGAUUGCGAUGGUCAACGAGGCCACGCCCGAUCCACCGAUGAAGUGCAAGAAGCACAAGCACAACACGAUUUCCCACGAAAAGGUGGUCUACGACGUCUGGAACGGAACCGACGUCUUUCGGGCCGACGGCUUUGUCGAACCCAUGUUCGAUCUCGUCGAAAACGUCUACGAGGCGGACCCCGUCGGGCCCACGAAAGAAUCCUCGAUGGACGCGGCGCCCCCCGUGAACUGCCUGCGGUCGAUCUACGGGAUCAACACCGAUACGGAGGCCGGAGCCAUCUACCGGAAGGUCCCCAUCGUGACGGUCGGGGACAACGAGGCCGAUUGCCGGUACACGCUGGACACCUCGGCGACCUUUCCCACGAUGAACGAGCUCUUUUACGACAAGGACACCCGGCCCGAUCCGUGGUCCAAGAAGCACCUGCACGGCUACAAGCUCGAGGGCGGCAUCGUCUACGAGACCCCAAAGACGCUGCAGACGGUCCCCGGCCAGGAGAAGCCCCGCAGGGUCUGCGGCGACGGAACGGUCCCGUACUGGAACAUGGUCCACGCCCUGACCUGGAAGGACCGGGUCGGCGAGCUGACCGUCGACGAGCUGGACGGGGCCACCCACCGGGGCAUCGUGGCCGACGAGCGGUUCUUUGGCCUCGUCAAGCGAUACUGCAGGGUCAUCGAUCCCCGGGCCAACGCGAUGAUGCUCAUGAAGAAACAGGUCGACAGUGCCGGCAAGGGCAUCGGAUCGCUCGGGAAGUCCAUCGCGGACCGCCUUUGCCUUUCGGGCAAAAGCUGCGAGGCGAUCGAGGAAUAAGGGCAAGGAACGACGCAACAAACAGCGCGGAUGGAAACCCCGGCGCGGCUUCCACGGUGCGGAGGAAAGGGUAUACGAAACGAGAAACGACCGGCAGCGAAUCCAUCGGAACGGAAUGCAUUGCACGCAGUGAAAAGAAACACGGAAUGGCUUCCAGGGUGUGAACGAAACAGAACACGAAAGCAGAAGCAUCCAGCAGGCGUGGGAGAAGAAACUUUGAAACCAGAA